GCGCAUGCGUCACUCCCACGCCCGGCGUCAUCCCUGUAAGGAGCACGUCAGCUAUUCCAAUAUUUGUUUACAUGCUUCAAGGUCCACUGUCGAUAAGGAGCUGAAAUGGCAGCAGAGGACCCCAACGCCUGGAAGAAGGCCACCUCCAUCUAUGAGUUUACUGCCAAGGACAUUGAUGGCAAUGAUGUUUCCCUGGACAAAUACAGGGGCAACCUCGUCAUCAUAGUGAAUGUGGCGUGUAAAUGAGGAUUCACCCAGAAGCACUACACUCAGCUACAAAAAUUGUACGCCGAUUAUGCUGAGUCGCAGGGCUUGAGAAUCCUUGGUUUCCCGUGCAACCAGUUCGGGGGGCAGGAGCCAUGGCCGAAUGAUCAAAUCCAAAGGUUUGUGAAGAAGGAGUUUCAAGUUGGGUUUGACAUGUUCAGCAAGAUUGAAGUCAAUGGAAACAAUGCACAUCCACUAUUUAAGUUCCUUAAGGAGAAACAAAAAGGUCUAUUUGGAAAUUUUAUCAAGUGGAACUUUACUAAAUUCAUCAUUGAUCGUGAAGGAAAACCUGUUAAGAGAUUUGCCCCCAACACAGAACCAUUGUCCAUGUUGAAAGAUCUUGAACCCUUCUUCAACAAGUAACCUCCCUUGAUUGUCUCCCUCCACGACUGCCAUGUAAAGCUUGAG